CCUUACUCUGUCCGUUAACGAUUUCACCCUUUGUUCUGUUCAAAGCUGGAUGCAUGAUGCAUGUGCACAAUUAUCAGAUUAUGAUCAUACAACACUAGUGCUACUACAUAACCUUCCAAAAAGCAGCAAUAUCAUCAGUCAGACUCAGAGCGGCACGGCUCUGGAUGUAGGAGAUAUCAUAAAUAUAUGGUACAUAUCAAGUUGGGACCUCCUUUUUACGUCCUAAAAGGGUUAAAAGUGAUCUAAAGGUAUGAUUCUUUUCUUCAAAUCCGCAUCAAGGUCAAGAACUAUCAGUGUUGAAGAUAAUCCUCUUGAUCAACGAGAGUCGAAGAACAAUACAGCUGAUGAGACAUGCACAAGUCUAACAGUUUGGAGAAAAUCACUCAUUUUUAGCUGUGAAGGUUUCGCUGUGUUUGGAUCUGACGGCAGUUUAGUAUAUAGAGUCGAUAACUACACUGGACGAGGUCGUCGUCCCGGUCAAGUCAUUCUCAUGGAUGGAUCAGGGAAGCCCAUUCUGACAAUCUCCCGUCGAAAGAAGCUAGGUCUAGUAGAUAGCUGGCUUGUAUAUGAAGGAGAGGUUGAUGAAUACUGUAGCAACAAGAAGAGCGUCAUUGAGCCCAUUUUUUGUGUCAGAAAAAGCUUAAAUGUUCUGCAACCAAACUUCAAUGUCCUUGCGUAUGUUUAUAGAGGCGGAGGGAUGUCCGAUAAACGACAUUCGUACGUAGUUGAAGGAUCAUAUGCACAUAGAUCGUGUAAGGUGUUAGAUGGAUCAAGAAGAGUUGUGGCCGAGAUAAAGAGGAAAGAGGCCAUGGUAGGAGGCGUAUCUUUUGGUUUAGAAGUUUUUCUUUUAAUUGUGCAGCCCGGAUUUGAUUCUGGCUUUGCUAUGGCUCUUGUAUUAUUACUGGAUCAAAUUUUCUCUUGAUCCCUACUGGUUUGUACAUUCUUUUCGGCAGCUGUCGCUUUCUUCUGCAAUGAGAGAACAAUUUUGUUGCAAAA